AUGAUCGCGCUCCUUCUCCUCACCAUCGCUCUCUUCGUCGUCUCUGUAAAAAGAGCGGGGGCCAAUCUCCAUAAGGAUGUCUUGCGAACACUGAUUCAAGCACCACUAUGCUUCUUCACCAAGACGGAUACCGGUGUCGUUACAAACCUAUUCUCGCAAGACCUAAACCUUAUAGACACAGAGCUGCCAGAUGCAACGUUGAACACUCUGCUUUGUACCUCGAGACUUAAAGUCCCCUAUACACGCAUUUUCUUGACACUCUUAAGGCAUCACAACUCUGAGAGCCUUCGUGCGGAAGAUCAACUCGCCCUCCACAACAUCUACCUAAGGAUCACCUCAGGCGAGAAAGUGGCCAUCUGCGGCCGUACCGGCAGCGGCAAGUCUAGCCUUAUCGCCCUCCUCCUCAAGCUACUCGAUCCCCUCCCGGAGACGGCAGAGAAUGCGGUGAUCGAUAACAUACCCCUCCACCGCAUAAACCGGUCCGCGCUCCGUCAGCGCAUAAUCGCAGUACCCCAGGAAGCCGUGUUCUUGCCCGACGGGUCCACCUUUCAGGCCAACCUGGAUCCAUCCGUCGUGUCAACGCCGGAGGAAUGCCAAGCCGUCCUUGCAGCCGUGGGUCUGUGGAAAUUCGUUCAGGAGCGAGGCGGCCUGGACGCAGGCAUGAGCGCCGAGACACUCAGCGCCGGACAGCGCCAACUCAUGUCGCUUGGUCGCGCGCUGCUGAGACGUCGAGUCCGGGCGCGGGAUCUGGGGACCGGUUCAGACCGCAGUAUCUUGUUGCUGGAUGAAGUGAGCUCGAGCGUGGACCACGAGACGGAGUGUGUUAUGCAGGAGAUUAUCAGGACUGAAUUUAAGGACUACACGGUCAUAGCGGUUAGCCAUCGGCUAGACAUGAUUAUGGACUUUGACAGGGUCGUGGUCAUGGACACGGGAGAGAUCGUGGAGACUGGGAAUCCGGCGGUGCUGGCUGCAGAGACAAUGAGUCGGUUUGGGAAUUUGGUGAGGACUGCAGCCUAG